AUGGUUCCUAAAGUGAACAAAGAAAUUUGGAGACAAAUGAAGAAAAAAGGCUUUUCUAAGAAACGUGAUUUGCGCCUAAUGAACAUUCAGAGUGCGAUCACGAAGAGUACAUGUGCCAUUUUAAGUGUUGCAGACAGUCUCCUGAAAAUUGAUGGAGAAAAACAUGACAAAGAUAUUAGGAAUUGUUUGGAUGCAAUUUAUUUGCUAGGACAUGCGAAUACAACUAUGUCCAUGCAAAGAAGAGAACUUCUAAGACCAGUGCUAAAGAGUGACUAUGCUGGUCUGUGUGACAGUGGCACACCAGUGACUUCUCUUCUUUUUGGAGAUGAUCUGCCAAAGUCACCGAAAGAAGCCAGGCAGAUGGGAAAUGUCGGUCGUAUUUAUCUGUCCAAAACGGAAGAUGAUACGGAUUCCAUCAGAAACGGAAGAACAAAUACUUCAAAAAGAAGAUCCACAACAAGAAAUACAAAAAGAUUAGAUACUAAAGAAAGUAGCUCCAAAGAACCUUAUUUUGAGUGUAAUACCAACACUUUUGCAGAAAAUGGUAGUGGAAAAAGCAAAGGGAAUAUUAGUUAUGCCAAAUUAGUCCACUCAACCAUACUAUGCAAAAGUCAUGAAGAUGUUGAUAGCAAAGCGACUGAAAUUGAUAUUGACGAUGUUACUCUGAAAAUGCUGACUUUGAAAACAAUCAUGUUGUUGGCCCUGUUAUUGGGUCAAAGAGUUCAGACUCUACGUGCAUUGUCUAUAAAUAAACUGAAACUGACUGAAGCUUCUGCAGAAUUUCACAUAGAGACUUUCCUAAAGCAAAGCAAACCUGGUCAACAUUUAUCAGUAAUUAAAUCUCACGAGCUACCAUGA